AUAGAUUCACAUUUUGGCGGUGUUUUUAUUUUUGUUGAUGGUUCUUCUAACAUAUAAUUUAAUUAUUAAAAAAAAACGAUGGAUAGUUCGAUUGAAGAAAAACAUUUUGAAACGUUAGAUGAGUACAUAAAAGAUGAUGACAAAAUCGUUACCAUUCCUUCCUUAUCCAGAAUUUUAAAUAUUCCUAUAGUCGAUUCACAACAUAUACUGUCAGAAUAUGUGAAAAAACGAAAUAUUAAAUCCGACGAACUCUCUCUCACAUAUGUUUUAACAGGAACAAUUAAAGAAAACGGAAAGGCAGUGAUUAUAGUUGAGGAAUCUAAUUUAGCAGCAAAAAGGACCUCGUUCGAUAAGGUUGAAAGUGAAGUGCUAUUUAGUGUACAAAAAUGCAAAAAAAUUGAUUUUAAUGUAUUGUCGUUGGUUGAUGAUGUGACUGUAGCCAAAAGAGAACCAUUGCUUGGUUCUAUUGUAAGUAAAAACUGUAUAAAACGUGCUCUCAAGAUAAAAAAACUACCGCCUCCUCAACCAACUACAGUCAAGGGAAAAUCUUCACAUUUCUUAUCUAAAAGUUCUCCAGUGAAACCAGAGAAAUCUGCAGUAAAAUCUGAAGAUAAGUCCAAAGGAAAUGGUAUUUUAAAUAUGUUUGAUAAAGCAGCUCCACCAGCGGGUAAAUCUACAUCAGAGAAAAAGCCCCUGAUUGAAUCUACAAAAAAUAAACAAAAAAAUGGUAUAUCUGCCUUUUUUUCUAAAAGUACGUCAACUAGCAAUAUAAGUAUAAAAAGCGAGACCAGCAUUAAGACAGAAAACUCCACAAGUAAUGAUGACCAACCUCAUGGAUUAGAAGAAUUAAUGGAAGUUGAUUUUAAAGAACUUGAUGAAGAAGAGAAUAAAAUCAAAGCAAAUGAGAAAGAUGUGGAAAUAGAUAGUGCUAUCAUAGAAAAUGAUGUUAAAAAAGAAAAGAAGAAAGAAUCAAAGAAACAUGAAGUUAAAGAGAAGAAAACAAAAAAUAAGAGGAGAAGAGAUAACAGUGAAGAAAAAAAUCUUAAAAAAAGAAAACGGAUAAUACAAAGAAAUGAUUCAGAAAGUGAUGAUAUGUUUGAGAAUGACGAGGAAGAUGUAAUUGAAAAAUCUGAUGAUGAAAUAGAAAGAGCUCCUUCACCAGUAAAACCUUUGGCGCCCAAAAACAAAAUUAGAAAAGCAGUCGAUAAAACAUACAUGGAUGAUGAAGGCUUCUUAGUGACAAAAACUGAAUAUGUUUUCGAAUCGGCUCCGGAGGAUGACGACGAGGUUCCAAUAAAAAAAGAAACGACUGCAAAACCAAAAUUUGAGAAGAAAACAAGUGCUUCCUCGGAAACGGAUGUUUCUCCUACUAAAAACUCCAAAGGCAAGAAAGGAAAGAAGAACAAUUCGCAGAACCAACCAACAUUAAUGAAUUUUUUCAAGAAAAAGUGAAAAUUUAAUGAAAGAGUUUGAAAUAUAUAUUAAUACUUGUAUAGAA